AAAAAGAACAACACCCGGAAACAGUACACAGGUCGCUGUAUUCAGCGGAGCGGGAGCCACGGGGCUGACAGUCUGAGAGACCAAACCCAGAUUAACAGUUUGUGAUCCAGGUGACAGGAUGGAAAAGCAGAGCCAGGUUGUGGAAAGGCUGAGGUCGUCGUUUCGUUCAGGAAUGACAAUACCGGAGCAGUUUCGACGCACGCAGCUCACCAGGCUUUUGUCCAUGAUCAAAGACAACGAGGAACAGAUUUUAAAUGCUUUACAUAAAGACCUCGCAAAGCCAAAGUUUGAGGCCAUCCUGUCUGAGAUUGAUAUAGUGAUCAAUGAACUGCACCACGCCAUCGCUAACUUCAAAAGCUGGAUGCAGCUGGAGUAUGUCAGCAAGAACCUGGCCACAAAGCUAGAUAACUGUUUUGUACGGAGGGAACCUUUAGGAGUUGUGUUAAUCAUUGGGCCGUGGAACUACCCCCUGCAGCUCCUUAUCUUACCCAUGGUUGGAGCCAUUGCAGCAGGAAACUGUGCAAUCAUCAAGCCCUCAGAGGUCAGUGCUGCCACAGACAGUCUGAUGGCAGAGCUCAUUCCCAAGUAUCUGUCUCAGGACUGUUAUGCAGUUGUUCGUGGUGGAGCAGAAGAGACCAAAGCGCUUUUGCAGAAUCGCUUCGACCACAUCUUCUACACAGGUUCUCAGACUGUGGCGCGCAGCAUCCUGCAGGCAGCUUCGGUCCACUUGACCCCAGUGACCUUGGAGCUGGGCGGCAAGUGUCCGUGCUUCAUAUACGGUCGGGUGAACAUCGAAGCUGCUGCUCGCCGCCUGGUGUGGGCUAAGUUUUUCAACUCCGGCCAGAGUUGCGUGGCUCCGGACUAUGUGCUGUGCUCACCGGCCGCGCAGGAGGCCCUGCUGCCUGCGCUGCGUGCAGCCCUGGAGGAUUUCUAUGGCAAGGAGCCGCAAACCUGUCCCGACCUGUCCCGCAUUGUGUCCUCCCGACACUGGACGCGUCUUAUGGACCUGCUUGGGAAGUCCAGUGGCAAAGUUGUCAUAGGAGGAGAGAGCAACGAGGAGGACAAGUAUAUUGCUCCCACAGUGGUUGUGGACGUGGCUGAAGACGAUGCCCUAAUGGAGGAGGAGAUUUUCGGCCCCAUCUUGCCCAUCCUGACCGUGGACUCUCUGGAGAAAGGCAUCGACUUGAUCAACCGUAAAGAGAAGCCGCUGGCUCUCUAUGUUUUCUCUGACGAAUCAUCUGUGGUAAAUACAGUGCUGGAAAAGACCAGCAGCGGAGGAUUCUGCUCUAAUGACGGGAUUGUCCACAUGACCUUGCCCAGCCUACCUUUUGGAGGUGUAGGGGCCAGCGGUUGGGGAAGUUACCACGGCCGCUGGGGCUUUGAGACGUUCAGCCACCGCCGGGCCUGCAUGCUGCGAGGCUGGGCUUUGGAGAGACUCAACAGUCUGCGUUACCCACCUUACAGUGAGGACAAACUCAGCUGGCUGCGCUGGACCACCUCGGCCAAGAACAGCUGCUCGCUCAUGUGAUGACAGGCAGUGGAACUUUUUAAUGUCAUUUUGUAUCUACAGUGUUUUUAGAAUAUAUUCUGUCCUGUGUUUUCUCCUGACUGGAGACAUUCCUACCUGUUCUCACUGCGCUCUUUAUGCCACAUACUUUACUUUCUGGGCUCAUGUUUCCUGCUUUGCACAGUUUAGAGGAGAAAAGCUCAGUGGUGAGUUUUUUUUAAUUGCUAAAACCCUUUACACUGGCUCACAUAUCUUUAUAUUCCAGGGAUUUAACUGCCUGCUUAUUUUAAUGUUCUUGCACUGAAAUCCUUACUUGGUGAGAAUGGUGUCACAGUGUUUUAACAACUUCAUUUGAGUGUCAUUGAGAAUUUAUUAUAUAAUUUUGGUAGCUCGUUUGUUAAUUAGUAUGUUUUCUAUAUCUGCAGAUUCAGAUUUGUUGUUGUCUGUCUUUUAAUAUUGAUUUUCAUGAAAUACUGUAAAUAAAUUUGAAAUUUAACUUUUAUUGCCAAACAGAUUUGUUGGAAAAUUGCCAUUCACAGUAUAGCAAAAUAAAAUAAAAUAUAUUCAGGAUGAAAAUACUGUGUAUACAGAGUAUAUAAAGAAACAGUGUACAUUGUUUAUUGCACAUGGCCCGCUGUCAGAAACAUGGCUAAUCAAGUGAGGUCAGGCUAAGUGUUGGCAUUGAUUAGGGCUAUUGUCCCUGAGUUUGUUUGUCCUUGCCCUCAGCCCCCUGAAUCUCCUUCCAGAGGGCAGCAGCUUAAACACCCAGUGUCCUGGGUGUGUGUGUGCAAUCCCUGCGUGCCCUCUUGAGACAGCGGGUGCUGUAGAGGUCCUUCGGGGAGGGAAGGGGAUGGCCAAUGAUUUUCUGGGCAGUGUUAAUGACCAUUUGUAGUGGCUUCUUGUGUGCCGCGGUACAGCUUGAGAAAGACACAGAUGCAAUAUGUCAGCACAGUCUCAAUGGAGCAGCAGUAUCCGAGGUGUUAGAGCUCCAUUGGAGGUCUGCAUCUGUGUGCUAGAGCUUAAAGCUGGGCACCCUCUCUGCACAUUCCCUGUAGAUGCAGAUGGGCUGCAGGUCGAGCUUCCUCCUCCUGAAGUCAGUGAUCAGUUCUUUGGUCUUCGAGAUGUUGAGGACCAAGUUGUUGUUGCUGUCUCAUUGCUACCAGAGAUGAGCCCCACCACAGUGGUAUUGCCGGCAAACUUAAUGACGGCGUUGUCUGGGUGGAUGCUGACAUAGUCAUAUGUGUACAGAGUGUACAGUAGAGGACUGAGCACACAUCCUUGUGGGUGAGCCGGUGUUGGGGCUGAGGGCUGUGGAGAGAUGGGGACCCUCUCUGACUCUCUGUACCAGGUCAGAUAGAAAGUCUCUGAUCCAGCAGCAGGUUGGAGUCCAACAUCCAGUAGUUUUGCUGUCAGUCUGUCUGAGAGUAUCGUAGCAGAGCUACCUGACCAGCUGGUCUGUGCACUCCCUGAGGACCGUCUGGUCCUGCGGCCGUCCUGGGUUUCACUGCCCUCAGUGUGUGCCUCACCUCAUGCUCCUGCACCAUGAGACUGGAGUUGCUGCAGUCUGCUGUUUGAACUUUGGCUGGACGUCUUUAGUCAUCCAGUGUCUCCGGUUGGGAUACACCCGGAGACCUUUGUCCACAGUGAGGCUGUCGACACAGAAGUUGAUGUAGGAGAGCACAGAUGUGGUGUGCUCCUCCAGGUCCUGAUGUUCAUACUCCAUACAUACAUACAUAACAUACUCCAGUCUGUGUUCUCAAAACAAUCCUGCAGCUGGUGUAAUGCACUCUCCGGCCAUGUUUUCACGAUCUUUGAGGCUGGGGGAGGCUCUCCUCCUGACGGGGGUGCUGCAUACAGGAAGCAGCAGCAUGGACAUGUGAUCUGACAGACCCAGAUGUGGUAGAGGGCUUGCUCCAUAGCCUUAUUGGAUGUUGCUAUAGGCUUUGUCCAGUGUGUUUACACUCCUUGUUGCACGUGUAGCUUUUGACUGGUUCUGUAUCGUAGUACAGAAAUAUCUGUGGGUAUUUGUGUCAAAGAGGAAAGUAAUUUGUUCUAGUUCUAAAAUCCAUUUAGGACCAUGCUAUAUUCACAGCAGGUUUUGGUCUUCACUAAUCUAAAGGCUCAGGGUGCUGAUGCCUGCAGAUUUA